AUGCCAAUUCACAAGAUCGCUGUUAUUCAGCUAAGCCCGAAGACUCCUAAUGAGAUUGAGUCCAAUCAUCGGCGGGCUGUAUCAUUUAUUAGGGAUGCAGCCAGCGCUGGGGCACACUUAGCGGUCCUUCCAGAAUACCAUCUGGCCGAUUUUGCCCCCGGUCACGAUCCUGAAAUUCGCAAGCAAUGUGCCAACUGGGAAAGUUAUCUGGAUGCAUAUUGCGCUUUAGCCAAAGAGUGCAAUAUUUGCAUCGUCCCUGGAUCCCUUGGGGAAUUGCACUCUGACGGCACGAUCGUCAAUGCGGCAUACUUUAUCGAUAAUACCGGUGCUAUCAGGGGCAGAUACGAGAAAAAGAAUCUCUGGCACCCCGAGAGACCCUUUGUCAAGGGCUCGGGAAAUGACAGUCGUCAUGUUGCCUUUGACACGCCGCUCGGAAAAGUUGGCUUACUGAUCUGUUGGGACUUGGCGUUCCCGGAAGCGUUCCGAGAGCUGAUUAUGCAGGGCGCGAAGAUGAUUAUCGUGCCAGCAUUCUGGAGAUAUACCGAUGCGGGGGACGUUGGCAUCAAGCGCAAUCCUAAAUCGGAGGGGGAUUUUGUCGAUGCCGCUGUUGUUAGUCGGGCUUUUGAAAAUACUUGUGCGGUGGUGUUUUGCAAUGUUGGUGGUCCGGCAGAGGCGGGGUUUGCUGGACUCUCUCAGGUUGCAUUGCCGUUUCUCGGUCGGGUUGAAAGGUUUGAAAAUAGUGACGAAGGCAUGAAGAUUGUUGAGAUUGAUAUGGAUGUUCUGGAAGAGGCUGAAGGGGAAUACAAAGUGCGGCAGGAUCUUGCUACACCGGAUUGGCAUUACGGUUAUCGCCAAUGA